GUGACUCUGAUUGUUUUGCAAAUAUGUUUAUUCAUAAAAUAUGUACUCAUAAAUUAUGUAAAAUAAUACCUGCUUCACGAAACGAAACUAACUUAGCAAGACACAAAGGCGUUGCCGUUUGACAACUGAGUGAUACAUUGUUAGUCCCGCAAGUCAUGUGAAGAUUUGCAGUAAAAGAUUUCGUGAGGUUAAAAUAAAGUCGGGAUUCAAGAACAUAUGACCAGGAUCAUUGAACACAAGUAUAAAAGAUAUGUAAGCCAACAGACUUCUUAGAUUUAUGUCUUCAGUCAGAAUGGCUUGUUGCCCAACGGAAGAGAAAUAUGGCUACGAAGAUAGUCGUUUUGAGAAAGCUGUCGAUGCCCACUUUCAUUGCUCUAUUUGCUACAAUGUUCUGAAGGAACCAAUGAUGUGUAGAAAUAAUGAACACAUAUUUUGUCGUGGCUGCAUCACUGAACAUUUAACUGUGAACUCGCAUACUUGCCCAGAAUGUAACGAGGACUUGACUGUCGAAACACUUCGCCGUGUACCGCGUUUGGUUAGCAAUUAUUUAUCAGAACGUAAGAUAAAUUGCGAUUAUUCUAACCGAGGUUGUCAAGAGUUUAUUCGUUUGGAAGACCUGGAUUCUCACGUGGAGAAUUGUGAUUUUGCGCCGGUGAAGUGCUCGAACGAGGAAUGCGGAAUGGUGGUCAAUAAGCAAGAAAUUAUUCAACACGAGACCACAGUAUGCGAGUACAGGAAAGUCAAGUGUCAUAACUGUGUGAACAUCGAGCAAGAUAUGAAAGCAAUAAAAGAGAAAAUGGAAGGAAUGGAAGCGAUGAAAGAGAAGAUAGAAGGCCUCGCAUCCAAGGAAGAUGUAAAGUCACUGAUGGUCCAGAUGUUUGAGAAAUUACGCUUCCUCGAAAACACCGUUCAAAUUUCAUCUGCAAUCAACCACGCAUCGAAUGCCUUAAUGGAAGACAUCUUGAUAGCUGGGGGCUGCGACAGGGAUGAUAAUGCUUUGAAAUCUGUCGAGAGAUUUUCGUGGAAGAAUAAUGUCUGGGAAAGGUUGUCUUCAAUGACCGUUGGUCGCAAAGGAGCAACGUCGUUUGUCUACGAGAAUCAAGUAUUUGUCGCUGGCGGAUGUGACAGCAAUGUAAUUGAGGUAUUAGAUUUGGACUCUGAUUUGAACGAAGGUCUGUUGCAGUGGAAUGAAUUUAUGGCCACAUUGCUCCACCAUUGUAAAUAUCUCCGCUCUGUUGUUUAUCGGCAUCGUGCAGUUCUAUUUUGCGCAUGCAAAAAGACUGAUUAUUGCGCAGAACUUUGUCUUGCUGCACCUAACACGUGUAAACAGUUGUGUAAAAUGCCUGAACCAGCAAGGAAACAUUAUAGGGUGGUUGCAUUUGAGCACAAAGUCUUGAUUUUUGGAGGACGAAGCAUUUCCAAUCACCAUAUACUUGACAGUGUGUUAGAGUUAAAUCUCAGUACGAAUCAAUUUAAAGUUAUGCCUUCAUUGCCUUAUGCUCUUGAAAAUAUGGCAGCCGUUCGGUGGGGGGAUCAAGCAGUUUUGAUCGGAGGUUUUAGUAAGUUUGCCAGCAACACAAAGAAAGUUUUCAUGUAUGAUUCCAAAACGGGAAAAACCACUCAAUUGCCACCUACGUUACAAGAAAGAGCUGGCUGUGCUGCAGUUAUUACAGGUAGUACAAUCGUUUUGAUGGGCGGAAAGGGAAGGUCUGACCGCGUUAGAUCUGUUGAAGCCUUCACUUUGGGAAGUUAUUCUUGGAGAUAUCUUCCUGUCAUGAAUGACGCUAGAAGUGUCGCAACUGCAACUGUUUUACCAACGAAAAACUUCCAUUGAUGUGUAUUAGUGCAACUUUUGUAAUAUAUAUCAUAUGUACAAUGCAACAUUUUGCAAUGGUGUGAUUACUGUGAUAUAGUAUAUACAAUAGUGCUAACUAACUUGGUAUAAAUGACAAUUAAAAAAAAUUCAUCAAUAAUAUAUAGGCUAUACUUUACAUGCUUCAUACCCAGGCGCUAUGUUGACCCAGAUUUUAAAUGCGAAUAUCCCAGACCACAGAGUAAAUACCAUACAGACUACAGAGAUCUCACUUAUUAAUUUCAGCGUAAGGGAUUUCCAGUACGCCAUGUUCCGUUAGCAGUGCCCUAAAGAGAGGCCGUCACCCCCGUGAAAAUAUAUUGAAAUUUAAUGUUCCAGGGGGGUGAAUGCCUCUCUUUAGGGCACUUGCUAAGAACAUGGCCGCCAGAUAUGCGCAGUAAAAACUACCUUACGUUUUUCUCGCGAAGUGAGACCUCUGUAUGGUUAGUACUCUGCCAAGGCGCUUCCCACCGAAUUUUCAGUUUUACUCCCUCGCGUGUCGUCCUUCAAGUUAAAAAGAAUUUGAACGUUUAUCAGUAUCGUGCCUUAAUUGUGUAUAGCUAUUACAUUGUGAAUGGUAGUCUGAGAUGAUGGCAGUGAUGAUGAUGAUAAAGUUUAUUUAACCACAGUAAGAUUGUGCAAUGCAUGUGGGUGAAAACGUUUUUGGUGUGACAUUGAUAUUCUUGAACGUUUGUGCUUCACAAAAAUGAAUAAAUUCCACGAAAACUCUUAUUUUCAAAAUAAAUAAAAACCGCAUACAUUGUUGGUAUUUCUUUUUUCAUUCGUGGCCGCUGUUGAUGAUUUGUAUAG